AUGGGAACCACGGUCGACUACCAUCAUCGCAACAAGCUGCGCGAAGACAACGCGGACAUUCAAUGGCGCAUCAAAAUGGCGCGCCGAUGGAUUUUUGAACAAGGAGUUUCACUAACGAGUGUUUGGCUCAAACGCACUCUAGGGCCAUUGUCUCUCACCCCCACCCGUAACGCGUUUUCGAUCCGCUUGGCGGAACAUGGCUUCAAUUUGUAUUCUAUGUACACCCCUGACCUCAUGCAUGAGUUUGAGCUUGGGGUCUGGAAGUCGACGCUCAUCCAUCUUGUGCGCCUGCUGCACGCGUUUGGAGGAGAUCGGGUGCAGAUGUUUAAUCAACGCUAUCGGCAUAUCCCGACAUUUGGGCACGACACGAUCAGGCGCUUCGUCAACAACAUGGCCGGCUUAAAGAAGAUGGCUGCGCGCAAUUAUGAAGAUUCCUUGCAGUGUGCGUCUCCUGUCUUUGACGGGCUGCCUCCGAACGACCAAGACAACAAGAUCAUCCUUGACCCUCUGUUUGAUUACGGAUGCUGGCACUCCCUUGCCAAGCUUCGCCUCCACACGGACGACACACAAUCGCUCCUCAACACCAUCACAGUGCACACGAGUGCCUCUGUCCACAACUUUGCCCGCACAACAUGUGCCCGGUAUGAAACCUACGAGCUCCCCAGAGAGAGCGCAGCGCGUGGACGUCGCACUGCGGCUCUCGCCAGCCGGGGCAAAGGUAAGGGGACUGCUGGCGGUCGCAAGCUCAAGAGCUUCAGCACCACGACAUACAAGUAUCAUGCCCUGUGGGAUUACUCUUCAACAAUACCCAUGUUCGGGCCCAGCGACAUCUACUCCACACUUUAUGGAGAACUCGAGCACAAGGUCGUGAAGAGGUUCUAUGCACGAACCAACAAGAACAAUCACGCUGGUCAGAUCGCCCGGCAUGUACACCUCCGCAGCAAGAUGCAGCGUCUCACCGACCGUGUUGGCAUUGCGCAGCAACCCCUCAAGUCACGCAGGGACAAGGCGGGCAGAUCUCACUCAAGGGAUAACGCAGGGGCACCAACCAACCGUUAUGUGAUUGCGGAGUCCCAGCGGGAGUACGACGACAUCCUGGUGUUUGCGUGUCAACGGCGAAACGACCCGGCCUAUCAGUCUUUCGUUCCACAGCUUAGGGAACACAUCCUCUCCCGGAUGCACGCCAAUGAGGCCAAUGGUGGCCAUGUUGAGCGUUCUCCCGAGCGGCGCAAUUGCAUCCAUUUCAUGGCCGAUCGUAUCUAUCACCAUUGGCGAGUCCGUAUCAACUACACAACGUAUGACAUGCAACGCUCUCAAGACGUCAUCAAUUCCUGCUCCCACCCUGAUAUCAUGGUUCUCCAUCACGACGAUGAACACUGCCACCCUCGUGUCGGCUUCGUCCCCUUCGACUCUGGUGGUUCUUUUGGUUUCCUCGACCCGGCACUUGUUAUUCGUGGCUCGCACAUCUGUCCGCUGUUCCGCUAUGGCUUUACUGACACCCUGCUGGCAAAAUCUUCAACACGUGAUGGUCAAAAUUACUACGAGGAUGCCGAUCACUAUGACGAGGAUUAUACAUAUUAUCUGGUCAACAUGUUUGUGGACCGCGACAUGUUCAUGCGAUAUCUAGGAGGGACACAUGGGAGUUGGCACGAAGGCCUUUGUGGCAAUUGA